GUGCCCGCGCACGCAAGGGGGGAGAGGGAGCGCAGAACGUGCGCGCGCCCAUAGUACCUCCACAGCUGCCUCCUCCUCCUCCUCCUCUUCCUCCUCCUCCUCCUCCUCCUCUUCCUCCUCCUCCUCGUCCUCCUCCUCCUCCUUCUCCUCCUCCACCUCCUCCUCCUCCUUUUUCUUCUCCUCCUCUUCCUCAUCAUCAUCACCAUCAUCUUCCUCCUCCUCCUCCUCCUCCUGCUCCUGCCGCUGCUGCUUCUCCCCCCGUUCCCUUGGAGCGGACCAUCCUGGUGCCUCUUUUGUGAAGCGGCGGCUGAGGAGACCGCGGGACUCGCCAUGGCCGACGAAAAGCCGAAGGAAGGAGUCAAGACUGAAAACAACGACCACAUUAAUUUGAAGGUGGCAGGGCAAGAUGGUUCAGUGGUGCAAUUUAAGAUUAAGAGGCACACACCACUUAGUAAACUAAUGAAAGCCUAUUGUGAACGACAGGGUUUGUCAAUGAGGCAGAUCAGAUUCCGAUUUGAUGGGCAACCAAUCAAUGAAACAGACACACCUGCACAGUUGGAAAUGGAGGAUGAAGAUACAAUUGAUGUAUUCCAGCAGCAGACAGGAGGCGCUUACUAAAAAGAAUCUACAACUCUUCUCCAGAACUGUGCUCCCAAGAAAAACAAUACAUUCACAAUUAGAAACCAAGAUUUGGUUCAUCCACAUCCUGACUACUGCAGUAUAGUUUUCUCUCUUCUUUGAUUCCCUUCCCCCGUUCCUUUAUUGUACAUAAAGUAACUGGUGUAUGUGCACAGGCAUAAUGCGUAUUUUUUUUUAACUAAAUGGCCGAUGGUAUGUUUUGAUCAACAUCAAAUGGAGAUGGGGAGGGGAAAAAACAAACUGGUUCUGUGAAAAUACCCCUUUUCUCCAUUAGUGGCAUGCUCAUUCAACUUUUAUCUUUAUAUUCCAGUAAGUUAUUUUGCUCUCACUGUUUAACAACAAAAAAAAAAACCCACAAAAAAAUCCUUGCAUACCUUGUUUGAUUGGAUAAUUUCAAUGUUUUUCUUUUAUCAUUGUAAAACCAAGGACGAUUUUAUAACUUUUUUGUACGUAGCUGUUACAUGUAGGGCAAUCUCUGUCUCUCAGUAGGGAUAAAUUACUAUAAAGAAAUUGAUCCUAGAUAGUUUUCCCUUCAAGUCAAACAUCUUGUUGUUUAAAUAAACUUCUUGUUUAAAAUAAA